AUGAAUUGAUGCUCAUUGCCAGAAGAGGUUGUACGGAAAAUUUGCCAGGUGGAUCAGCAAAGCUCCACACUUACUGCUGCUGGUGUUGCUGGCUUCUCGGCUCGUAUCCUCGACAAGUCAGAAUAUCGGAUUGAACAACGGGGGGUUCCUGGCACUGGAGAAAUUGUUGUUGUGCAAUUGGUGGAGAUUAUCAAGAAACCAGGGCAAAGCCUCGGCCUGUAUUUGCGGGAGGGAAACGGCGCUGAGAGGUUAUUUACAAAUUUUCUGUGUUGA